AUGUCUACAAGUGAGAGCACUCCUAGUUUGCCUUUUUUGGUUGAAACAAAUGAUCCUCAAGCUGAGAAUAACUUAUAUCCAUUUGUAUUUCUCUAUCCUGAUGGCAAUCUCUUCAUUUUUGCCAACAAUCGUGCCAUUUUGUUUGACUACUCAAAGAACCUUGUUCUGAAGACAUACCCAACAAUGCCCGGUGGUCAACCACGGAGUUACCCAAGCACGGGAUCCGCGGUACUACUCCCUUUACGGAUAAAAGGUGAGACCGUAAAUGAGGUUGAAGUGUUGGUUUGUGGAGGUGCACCAAAAGGAGCAUUUGUUAAUGCGAAUAAGGGGAUAUUUGAUGGGGCAUUGGACACAUGUGGGCGGAUCAAAAUAUCUGACCCUAACCCCCAAUGGUUCAUGGAGACCAUGCCUCUGGCUCGCGUCAUGGGUGACAUGUUGUUGCUACCCAAUGGCCAUGUUUUGAUCAUCAAUGGAGCAUCAGCAGGGGUUGCCGGGUGGGAACUUGGGAGGAACCCAGUUCUAAGCCCAGUAGCAUACCGACCUGAUAACCAAGUAGGCUCUCGAUUUGAGGUGCAAAAUCCAAGCACCAUUCCUAGAGUUUACCAUUCCACAACAGUUCUUUUACGAGACGGGCGUGUUCUUGUUGGUGGAAGUAAUCCUCAUGAUAAAUAUGAAUUUUCAAACGUUCUUUACCCAACUGAACUUAGCUUGGAGACGUUCUCUCCUUCUUACUUGGAUUCAAACUCUUCUGGAUUACGCCCGAAAAUAAUCUUGCCUGUAACAAACAGCGUUGUGGAUCUAAGCUCCGUCUCUGUAACAAUGGUGGCACCUUCAUUUAACACACAUUCCUUUUCAAUGAACCAAAGGUUGCUGGUACUCGAUGGUGGAGCUGCUUCCAAGAUUAUUGGGAGGUCAAGAUACCAGGUUGUUGUAAGGGCUCCACCCUCUGGUAACAUUGCUCCGGCAGGGAACUAUCUUAUGUUUGUGGUUCACAAAGAGAUCCCGAGUCCUGGCAUUUGGGUUCAAAUGCAAUGA